UGCGCAUGUGCUCUGUCGUCUCCUCUUUUAAGCCUCCUUGGAGCCGUGUUUGGCACAUGUCCAUUUCCUGGUUUGCCCUGCUGGGAGCGGACUCUCCUGCUGGACUACAGAGAAGGGGGUGUAAUCGGCCCGGGCGUCCCAGUGGCGAUGAGGAGGCCGUGUCUCUGGACCCUGGUGAAAUGUCUCAGCGUGUCCGGCCUGCUCGUCCUGUCUGCUCACAUCUUCACCGUGAGGAGGACAGAUCCGGCGACGCCGAGCCCCCUCCCAGCCGCCGAGCACCGGCUCCUGUCCCCUGACACCUACGGGUACACCCUGACCCCGGCCGCUGUGUUCAGGGACACCCCCCCCUUCCUGCUCCUUCUGGUCCCUGUGUCCCCUGGGGAGGCUGCAGCCAGGGACGCCAUCAGGCAGACAUGGGGGGCUCCAGGGCGGGACAGCCGAGCUCUGUUCUUCGUGGGGCUCCCUGAGGGGGGGCGGGGCUCCAGCGUCCAGGCCCAGCUGGAGGAGGAGAGCAGGACACACGCAGACAUCGUCCAGAUGGACUUCCAGGACAGCUACCACAACCUGACCAUCAAGACCCUGAUGAUGAUGAACUGGCUGGCCAGCCGCUGCCCCCACGCCUCCUACGCCAUGAAGGUGGACGCCGACAUCUUCGUCAACGUCUUCCUCCUGCUCCGCAGGCUGAGGAGCUCGCCGCGGCGGGGCUUCAUCAGCGGCUCGGUGAUCAGUGACGGGAGGCCCCGCAGGGAUAGCAACAGCAAAUGGCGUGUGUCGGAGGAGCUGUACCCCGCCGACAGCUUCCCCCCGUACCUGUCCGGAGCCGGCUACGUCUUCUCGGCAGACAUGGCGGCCAGGAUCUCCUGGGCGUCCCGGUUCGUCCGGAUGCUCCCCCUGGAGGACGUGUACGUGGGCCUGUGUCUGCGCGUGCUGGCCGUGCGGCCGGUGUACUCCCGCAGCCUGCUGCCCCCCAGGAACCUGUUUGAGAUCCGACACCUGGACUACGACAGGUGCACCUUCGCCAAACUGGUCAUUGUCAACGGGUUCACGCCGUCCCAGCUGCUGCACAUGUGGCAGGACUUCUCCUCUGGCCACAGCAGCUGCUGACUGCCAUUCUCGAGUUAACCCUAACCCUCUUAGCAUUUAAGGUCCCAUGACAUGGUGCUCUUUGGAUGCUUUUAUAUAGACCUUAGUG